CAACGAGCUACAUUCAAAGACAAUCAGCAUUAUUGCAUUAGUAUUGUUGCAAGCUAUCUGUUAAACAGCUUCAAGUGAACGGUUAUCUAAUUGUAUCUACUGUUAAACGUAAACAGUGUGAUUCUGACAAUGACGUUUAUAUUUCAGUUUUUAUGACUUUUUUCGAAGGACAUAAUUUUACCAAAAAAAUCUGGGAUUUUCCAAAAAAGAAUUUUUAUGAAAGUGAUUAUUCAUGAUGACAAAUGACACUGACUACACAAUUAUACAGAAUACAACCAUGACAAAUUGUUCUAACACAAACCUGACCUGUAAUCAUACAGAUUGGCUUUUAAAGUAUAACUAUGAUAUGUUUCAAGUGGCAACGGAAAUGUCACAAACGCGGAGAUUUGACGAGACAACAGAAGCAAUCAUAAUUGCUUUUUACGCCAUCUUAAUCGUAUUUGGUGCAACCGGAAAUGGGCUUGUCUGUUAUGUUGUGACUAAAAACGCCCACAUGAGAACACCAAGGAAUAUAUUUAUUAUCAAUUUGUCGAUAUCAGAUCUUACACUUUGCCUUUUCACACAACCAUUAAAUUUGUACAGAUUAUUAAAUCAUUACUGGUUUCUGGGAGGAUUUAUGUGCAAGUUUGUAGCAAUGUGUCAAGGCACUAAUAUAUUUGUAUCAACAAUUAGUAUAACAGCCAUUGCACUUGACAGAUUUCAGGUAAUUGUAUAUCCAACAAAAGACAGUAUGAAGAAAUUAGGCGCAGCAGCAGCACUUGUGUCGAUUUGGAUCAUUUCAUUUUUCAUGGCAAGUCCAUUAUUAAUAUUCAACGUAUAUAAGGUGUCAAAGCCUAUUGCUGUUCCUGUGUAUUUCUACCAUUGUCAUGAAGACACAACAUUAAUUGAAGAAAAAGGAGCAUACUCAAUUGCAUCUAUGGUUGUUCAAUACAUAUUACCGAUUGCUAUUGUGGUUGUUGCGCAUGCAAGAAUAUGUCAUAAACUCAAAUACAGAAUGGUCAAUCAAAAUAAUCCAGCACAAAACACAGGUCGGUCACCAUUUCAGAAAAGGAAGAAUGAACGUCAAGAAAGACGAAAAAGACGAACAAACAUUUUACUAGCCUUUAUUGCAAGCGUGUUUGCAAUCAGCUGGUUUCCAAUAAACAUACUAAAUAUAUUACUAGAUGUAUCAAACGGUAAACUGAAAGCUUUAGAAGAAAACGUUUCCGUCGCAUUUGUCGUCUGCCAUAUUUUAGUUCUCAGUUCUGCGUGCACAAAUCCGGUUCUAUACGGAUGGUUAAAUGAAAACUUUCGAAAUGAGUUUAUAAAAGUAUUGUGUUGCAAGUGUUGUUAUAAAGUUAAGGCAUCGGUACAGAAUUGUUGUGCACCAAUAGAAGGCACAGAAGUGCCAGUUAUUAUAUUUACGCGCGAAACAAAUGGUGGGAAUGGAACGACACACGUUGAAAAGGAUGGCUACUCAGUGACUGGAACUGCAUUAAAUUCCGUCACCGAGUUCAGAUCUCAGGUUUCUUUGUAAAGAACUUUGCUGCAAAUGCCUUUUUACAAUACCAAAGUUUUAUUAGCAAUGUAGCCCUUUUUUUAAAAGUAUGAUUCAUAAUCUU